AUGAAGACACCGUCGUCGAGCGCCUUCAAGGCGCGCUUCACGUCGCUCAGUGCCUGGGAGCUGCCCAAGGAGGACAGCGCCAUUGCGCCGCCCGACGUCUGGACCAACCGCGACAUGGACCCCACGCCGGCGUCCGACCAGACCUGGGGCAUCUGGAGCAUCAUGGCCUAUUGGGCCACCGACACCAUCAACCUGGGCACUUGGGAGACCGCGUCCAGCAUCCUGGCCGUCGGCCUGUCGUGGCGCGAGGCCAUUCCGUGCAUGGUCGUCGGCAUCCUGUCCGUCGCCGUCCCCAUCGUGCUCAACGGCGCCAUCGGCUCCAAGCUGCACAUCCCCUUCUCCGUCAUCACCACCUCGUCCUUUGGCUACUACUUCCGCUACUUCUGCAUCGUCUCGCGGUCCGUGCUCGCCAUGUUCUGGCUCGGCAUCCAGGGCGCCAACGGCGCCCAGUGCAUGACCGUGAUGCUGACCGCCCUGGCGCCCUCGUACGCGCGCAUCCCCAACCACCUGCCGGCCAGCGCCGGCAUCACCACCAUGGGCAUGUGCUCGUACUUUUUGUUCUGGAUCAUCCAGAUGCCCCUGCUGUUGAUCCACCCCACCAAGCUCAAGCCCCUCUUCUGGAUCAAGCUGCUGGCCGCCCCCGUCGCCGCCGUCGCCACCAUGGGCUGGUGCGUCCACAAGGCCGGCGGCGGCGGCGACAUCUUCAAGCUCAAGGCCGAGGUGUCCGGCAGCGACUACGCCUACCUGUGGCUCAGCUGCAUGACCGCCGUCACCGGCUCGUGGGCCACGCUCGCCGUCAACAUCCCCGACUUCACGCGCUACGCCAAGAGCGCCAACGGCCAGUACGUUCAGCUGCCCUUUCUGCCCAUUGUCUUUACCGUCUGCGGCCUGCUCGGCAUCAUCACCACCUCCGCCGUCAAGGUCUUUACCGGCCAGUACCUCUGGAACCCGCUCGACAUCAUCAGCCUGUGGCUCGACAUGGGCCGCGGCGGCCGCUGCGCCGCCUUCUUUGCCGCCCUCGCCUGGUACAUUGCCCAGGUCGGCACCAACAUCACCGCCAACUCCAUCUCCGCCGCCAACGACAUGACCGUCCUCUUCCCCCGCUACAUCAACAUCAAGCGCGGCUGCAUGAUUGCCGGCGUCAUCGCCGGUUGGGUCCUCGUGCCCUGGAAGAUUAUCAGCUCCGCCUCGACCUUUCUGGCCUUUAUGGGCGGCUACUCCGUGUUCCUCGGCCCCAUGGCCGGCAUCAUCGCUGCCGACUUCUGGCUCGUCAAGCGCGGCCACAUCGACAUCCCCGCCCUCUACGAUCCCCACGGCCGCUACCGCUUCUUCCUCGGCGUCAAUUGGCGCGCCUUUGUCGCCUUUAUCGUGCCCGUGUCGCCCCUCCUGCCCGGCCUCGCCGAGAGCAUCAGCGGCCCCGCCAAGGUCAAGGUCAGCCAGGGCAUCCUGCAGCUGUACGACUUCAACUGGCUGUUCGGCUUUGUCACGUCCAUUGUGCUGUACACGGCCCUGAGCUGGGCCGUUCCGGAGCCCAAGACGCUGCUCACGGACACCAUCUGGAAGCGCGGCGAGAUUGAGGGCGUGCGGGAGUCGGGCAGCGACAUUGAGAGCCCGCCGCCGGGCAUGGAUUCGGGCGGCAAGAUGAUGAACGAGGAGGUGAAGCCGGUUCCUAUGUAA